AUGCCCGCCUACAAAGUUUCCAACCGCAGGACGCUGGACUCAAUCCCCCACGUCCUACAUGUCGCCAAUUUCCGAUUGCGCGCUGAUUCCAUCACAAUGACUGAUUAUUCGAAAUGGAAGGUGACCGAUCUGAAGGCAGAGCUGAAACGACGUGGCAUUGCGCAGACGGGCCUUAGAGUGAAACAGAACUUCAUUGACAAACUUGUGGAGGAUGACGCUAAAACCCAAAGUGAGGCCGUGGGUACGGACUCAGUCGUCACACAGGAUGCACCAAAGGAAGAGGUGCAGCCUGUCGAACCUGAGCAACAAGCGCAGCCUACUCCAGAAGUUGCUGCCCAGUCACAAGAUCGCAAGCCCGAAGAAUCGCUGCAGGAACAGCAGCAACAUCCGGAAGCACAAGGCGAUACUGGUGAAACCCAUUUAGACCAGAAGCCGGUAAAGUCUACCCAAGAUGUUGGUGAAACUUCUGAACAGCCGCCACAACAAUCAGCAGAGGACGCACCUGUCGCUCAGCCUGAUUCUGGCGGAAAUGAUUUGGAUAAGACCCUUCCUGCUGAUACUGGUGGGGAUCUUUCCUCCACUGCUGCAGUUGCUCAACCCAAAUCCGAGAUUGAGGCUUCAGCGCAACCGGUUGAGCAGGCUCCCGGUUCCGCAGAGGCCCAGCAGUCUAAAGGAGCCGAGGAAGAUGAUACACAACCGCCUGAGUCUGCCGAAACGGCCGCGCCAGCAGUCCCUCAAAAUUUAGAGCCGAGUACAGGACUGUCCACACCCUUGGCUCCUGAAGAAGUUAUUGAGGACCGUCGCAAACGGAAGCGUCGUAGCCAGAGCCCCGUUCCAACGCCCGAGGCUAUCGCGUCCAAAAAGGCUAAGUCCCAAAACGAAACGCCCGAAGUGAUUCUGGCCGAGGAUAGAGACUCGAUGAAUGGUGAUCGGGAUGUCCGGCCGGAAUUGGCUCCUCCUGGCUCACAAGAGGAAUUCGCAAGUCGCGCUAAAGUAGAAUCCGACAACAAAGUGCCAGCCCACGAUGAAACAAAUAAUGCACCCAUCUCCGAAGACUCGAAGACCAAUAAAGGUGCGCCAGAAAAACAGGAUGUUCGCUUCAAAGGGCUUUUUGCACCCACAGAGUGGGAGCAAGCCCGCCCUGCGUCUCCACCCGCUGACACUGUCAUGGAGGAAGCAGCAACUGAGCCGGCCAAACAUGUUGCCACACCAGCUCUGUACAUGGAUGGCCUGAUGCGUCCACUCCAACAUAAUGCGCUCAGGAGCCAUCUCAUCUCCCUGGCUGCCCCUCCCGGAGGAUCUCCAAAUCCCGAGGUGAUCACAGAAUUCUAUUUAGACUCAAUCAAAACUCACUGUUUCGUGGGUUUUGUGGACGUCGCGGCUGCUUCACGUGUUCGCGCGGCGCUUCAUGGCACUGUCUGGCCCCAUGAACGUAAUCGGAAGACCUUGUUUGUGGACUUUGUCCCCGAGAACAAACUGCAAGAGUGGAUCAACAUGGAAGAGGGGUCUCGUCGGCGCGGCGGCCCUCCACCUCGCUGGGGGAUCAAGUAUGACCAAACAGAUGACGGGGUCGAGGCCAUUUUAGAGGAGAUCGACUCGCGAGCUGCUGCGUCUCAGCCUUCCCGCGGUCGGGAACAGGGAGACUUUGCUCGUCCUCCACCUUUAGGGCCUCGGGCGGAAAUGGGCGAUCCCAACCGGCGUCCUAGUGGCCCUCGCCCAGUCGGUACGCGGACCCAAUCUGGGCAAGGGUUUAAACCACUCGAUGAACUGUUCAUGUCUACAACCACCAAGCCAAAACUUUACUACCUGCCCGUUCCUCGCUCGGUGGCAGAUCGUCGCCUAGACCGGUUCGACGAUCUCCUACGAAAGGGGCCGUAUCCGCGUCGUGGAGGUGACGAACCUCGACGGAUCACUUUUGAAGACGGAGACUUAUUUGUCGACCAUGGCCCAGAGUUCGGUUUGACGUCGGAGUCUCGCGUGGUUCCUCAGACUCAGCAACUGCUCUAUCACGCAGGAUUCCUUGGCGAUGGACACUACAUUCUAAGUUCUUAG